UGCAUGUCUUUUAAAGAGAAGUAGUUUGUCAAGAGUUAUGAGUUUAUGACAUGUUUCGCGUGUAAUUUGGUUUGGUUAAUCAUUACAGCGUGACUGAAAGCCAUUACACAAAUGUGCUCAAAACCUAAAUGAAUAAUAUUUUGGUGAAUUUCCAAGCUUAAGAUUCGGUAUAAUAAGAUUUUUCCCAUAGUUGUUGGGCAUAUAAGUGAGCACAAAAACACGCGUACAUUUACAAGACACAGCUAUAUAAUGAAGGGACAUGGACAUGCCUCAGCGCUCUUCAUCGCCUCAUAUAACAAUAAAACUUUGCCCUGGAAUGAUGAAGGGAAUGAAACAACAUUGAUCAGAGAGGCCCCCAAUCAUUCUGCGUCAUGGAGGUUGUGCGUAAUACCCUGCCUUGGUGUAGCCCCAUCCACAAACACCGGGGGGGCUGAACCAGAGGAAGGGGUGUGCCGUUAUAAGAGGGGAGAGAAAGAGAGCAGGCAAGCAGUUGAACAAACCAAGAAGCUGAAGAUUGGACAUAACCGCCACACCUCAAGACCGAAAGUGAGAGAGAGACUGAGAGCAACCCGUUAUCACAGACGGCAGAUAUCCCAUUGGCUACUCUGACUAAGUUCCUGCUUCAUUUGUUUUUUCCGGUGUGUGUUCCGUGAAGAAGUCAUGAAGACCCCAUUUUGGACCCUGCUGCUCUUAUGCUUGUGCUCCUCGGGUCACAGCGACUGCCAAGGGGACUGUUUAACCUGUGGACUCAUCCUACCUGAACACCAAGCGUUUAAUACAUUGGUAUGUAUCCUGGAAUGUGAGGCACAGGCAUCUCCUGCAUUGACCUGGGAUUUGUGUUACCAGGCAGCAGGUCUGAACCAGCUUCCACUACCAUUACAGGAGGAGAAAACAUCAAAGCGCUCUGAUGAUGAAGCGGAGCCUCUGGCCACAGUGAGCAUAGAAAAUGACAAUGGUGUUGAGUAUACUGAGGCUUUGGAGCGGUUUCGACACGCCGCGCAAGCGCUCCGCAGCCAGCAGCCUUCAGAGGAGGAAAUUUCAUAUGACCCGGACCUUGACCCGAGGACAGAGGAGGACCAGGAUGGUGUAGGUGUAGGAGAAGAGAAGAGCGGUGAAGCAGCCGUAAGCAUAUCCAAGCGAUUUGGAGGCUUUAUGAAAGGUCGUCACGGUUUCCGGAAGUUGGUGAGCUCUGGAAGGCCUUUGCAGAAACGCUACGGUGGCUUCAUAGGGAUAAGGAAAUCGGCCCGCAAGUGGAACAACCAGAAGCGUGUGAGUCAGCUACUGAGGCAGUACCUGAGCUUGACUGGUCGCUCGGGGCGUUCAGGUCACAUCAGCAACCUCUCCACCAGAAUCCGAAGACAGAAUGAAGUUUAACUGGCCUUAGAGCACAGGCCCUGGUCUUUUCACUUACCUCAGCUCAACUGCUCAUCAGCCAUCAGUAACUGUGAACAUCUAUCAUGCACCACAGCCCAGAACUAGCUAAAUCUGUGUUUAAUAAAAGAAGAGGAAUAUUUUGUAUAGCGUUGGUUUUUAUCAUUGACAUUUCCAUGGUGCCGUUCCUGACAUCGAAAACAUCUCAAUCAAGUCGUUAGGACAAAUGUUGCUGAUGAGAACUGAUUGUUCAUUACAGAAUCAAAACUCCUAUAAUUAACCUUGAAGCAUUGUGAAAAAAAAUAAAAGGCAAAUCAGUGAAACUCGAAUUGAGCACGUGAAUCAGUUACAAAUGAGAGCAGUGGCUUGUAGUGGGUUUUCUUGUUGUUUGAGAGAAAAGCACUUUAUAUUUUAACCUUGCACACUGUGUUGUGCUAAGAUUGGUUGUUUUGCACACAUCCUUGAUGUAUAGAACUGUCUUACUAAAUUUACUAGAGCAAUCAAACGAGUUAUCAAAAUCAAUAGGUGACAAUAUGUAGAAUAAUAUUGAAAGAACGAUAAUCUUUAUGGGCUGUUUGAAGCUUUUUUUGAUCAAUGCUGCCCCCUAGAGUGUACACUCGAAAUUAUGCUCCGUAUUUUUGUGGAAUAUCACGCAAAAAAAAAAUCCUGACAAAAUAUCGCUGAAAAUAGAAGACAACUUCAGGCUUUGUAAUCAAAACCCGUGCAUGUUAGCCAAUCAGAAAGCGUGGGGUGGCUUUCUGCCAAUGGCGUGUGUUUGGGGGCGGGAUUACCCAGUUUGUCCUAACAAUAAUGCAUACUAUCUAUUCUAAAUUCUCUGUGAUGUUAGUAAUUUUAAAUACUAUUUAGGGCAGAUAGUGUGGAUAGUAUGCACAUUGGGACGCAGGCAAAGAUUGGGAGUGUUCAGAAAAUCAGUUUGAAUUUGAAAACAAUUCAUAGUCAUUCUUUUUACGAAUCAGUUUGGUGCAAAAAUGACGCCUUUUAAUUGAAUUUGUUUGGUUCCACCUGACGACAGUGGCAUUUCGGUUUAGCAUGUGUUCCAGCUUUCUGCAUUUGUUUAUGCAUGAACAUGUACAAC